AUGUGGCUGCCUGCCAAGGUCAAGUUCACGCAUUCGACUCUCAGGACCUUAUCGACGUCUACCUCCCAGACGGCCCUGAGCCUGCCCUCUACCAUUGCAAACAGCAGCCGUGCCCUAACCGGACACCCCAAUCGAUCGCGGAAGAUUACCCGCGCUACAAGGCGAUCCGACGAGCACAACAUCCGCUCGGCCCUCGAAGCACCCUUGCAUCUUGAUCUGCCUCGCGGCACUCUCGCCCUGUCUCCCCUACCUCCCACCUUCCCCAAACUAUUGCCGAGUCCAGUCGAGUACAAGGAGAUCUCCCUCCAGACCCUGCACCAGAGCCUGAGCCUGAGGAGAGUGCGAGUGAAGAAGGAGUCUCGGAGUCCGAGUCCGCGGAUCCUACUCGGGCCGCCUCGCCAGCAGCGCUCGCCCCCACGUCAGCAGUCCCUGACAGGCCGCUCGAGCACUCGCUCCUCUCGAAGUUCAACCAGCGGAGGGCCACCACAGCCGCCUCCGCCCCCGCAGCAUCCUCCGUCCCCCCCGACGCCGAUAAUGUUGUUCCCUGUAGCAACCCCCGACAAGGAGACUUUGAAGCUCCUCCUCCCACUCCGAUACGAUGGCAAAACCGUCAUCGCGUGCGACAGAUUCCUGUUGCAACUCCACAUUUAUUGGUUGAUCAACACGUCGUUGACAACCAUCGAACUCAAGGUGCAGGUUGCGCUUAGCCUGCUCGACGGAGAUGCCCGCUGUCACAGUUUCCCUAAUUUUACCUAA